AUGGGCCCCUGUACCGCCUCCUCAUGCUGCUGCCAGGCCCGUAAUCUGCCAUGGGCCCCCGUACCGACUCCUCAUGCUGCUGCCAGGCCCGUAAUCUGUCAUGGGCCCCUGUACCGCCUCCUCAUGCUGCUGCCAGGUCCAGAGUGUGUCAUGGGUCCCCUGUACGGCCUCCCAUUGCUGCUGUCUCCAUCGCCACACUCUGCCAUGUGCCACUUUCAGGUCUCCUCACACUGCUGGUGGUUUCCAUUUUUGUCAUAGGGUGCUGUAUGGCCUCCCAUUGCUGCUGCCUUUCCACAGCCACACUGUGGCUCCACACUCUGGUUUUGGCCCCGUGACUGCCCAAAUGAGUGAAGUGUGCGGUGAUUCUAAGAUCGACGGCACUCAUCUGCAUGUCAUACUGACUGACAGUAUUAUUUCUCUUCCCCAGCAGACUCCAAGGGCAUUUUAAAUUAAAGGUACAGUGUUCUGCACUAAUAUUA